GGCGUGUCCGGGCCGCAGUCAGGUGACCUGUGUAUAAGAGGAAGCAGCCGGUGCUAGGUGUCAUUGUCGCUCCCCCUGUACGAGGCCUUCAGCUUUUCCUAUCGGUCCCAGCCGCCGCUCCUUCUCUCCACAUCGGACCGCGAACCAGCCGGCACCAUGGCGCUCAGCGAUGCGGACGUGCAGAAACAGAUCAAGCACAUGAUGGCUUUCAUUGAGCAGGAGGCUAAUGAGAAAGCAGAGGAGAUUGAUGCGAAGGCAGAAGAAGAGUUCAAUAUUGAGAAGGGUCGCUUGGUCCAGACACAGAGACUGAAAAUAAUGGAGUAUUAUGAGAAGAAAGAGAAACAGAUUGAGCAGCAAAAGAAAAUUCAAAUGUCAAACUUGAUGAACCAAGCAAGACUAAAAGUGUUGAAAGCUCGGGAUGACCUGAUUUCUGAUUUACUUAGUGAGGCCAAGCAGAGGCUUAUUCGGGUGGUGAAGGAUGCUGGUCGUUACCAAGCCUUGUUAGAUGGACUAAUUCUACAGGGUUUUUAUCAACUUCUUGAACUAAAGGUGAUGAUUCGGUGUCGUAAACAAGAUCUCCCACUAGUUAAGACUGCUGUACAAAAGAGCAUUCCAAUCUACAGAGGCGCUACUAAGAAGAGCUUGGAAGUGGGGAUUGAUGAGGAGAGUUUCUUAUCCCAUGAAAUAGCUGGAGGAAUUGAGAUGUACAAUGCAGACGGAAAGAUUAAAGUGUCAAAUACACUGGAGAGCAGACUGGACCUGAUAGCUCAGCAGAUGAUGCCAGAGAUCAGAGUAGCUUUGUUCGGGGCCAACCCAAACAGGAAGUUCUUGGACUGAUCCUGGUAAAGGAGUUUAGAAGAAUGUUCUACUGCCAUACAGCGGAGUGGGUGGGAGAGAUUCCCUUCUUUUGUUUCCUGUUCUCUUGUUCUGCUAUUUGAAACUUAACGAUGUGUUUAGGGAGAGUGCAUGUGAACCGGAUAUCUAAAUUGUAUAUUGUGGCUUGUCUGUUCUACCAAAGCAAAACAUAGGUGUUCUCUCUAGUGGAGCCUCCAACAUGUACUACUCUAGAUAGUUCUACUUGUGGAGGUUUAUUUGUUGGCUAUCACAGAUCUUGUUUAUACAUUGUAAUAAGUACCAGUUUAUUUCUCCCUUGUUAAGCUCUGUACCCUGCAGUUGUAAACCGCAAUGCUCCCAGUACAUUGUUCUAAUGUACACAAACAGGCUGCUGCACUCUCCCUGUCAACAGUGUAUAGAUGCCACCCAUGCUACUGCUGGCUGGAACACACAUUGUAUUCAUGGUUUCUGUAUAUGUGGCUUUUUAGUAAAUCCGUGUCUGCCCUUAUUCAAGAGUCCAAUAUUAAGCUGUCUUUUAUUUAUUGCAAUAAAAUUGUAUGGACUUAUUCUGA